CGCAAGUUCUGGUUUUGACGUUUUUCGGUCGUUGUGCUAACUUUUCCGACGUGAACUGCCCAUGUCCCCUUCACGCACUAAACGACGGGGGCGAAAUCGCCCUUUUCGUUAAAUGAUAAGUCUAAAGCUGCCCCGCCCGCUCCCUCCUCAGCGCUGCGGACACUUGGCACGUUGUUGAUUAUGUCGGCGUGAGAACAGACCAAUUCGGGAGCGCGCUCUGAUUGCAGGCCCGCAUCCUCCGACUGCGGCCCCGGGGGAAUAAAGGCAGGAGCUGGCCGGCCGGGCGGCCGGGUGGCGCGCCUUGCGGGCUGGAGAGUCUCGGCGAUUAGGACGGCCGACCGGUUUCAUCAACUUUAUGGAGUAAUAGAGGGGGGGGAAAAAAUUUAGACUAUGUAUGUUCAGGUGCAGAACAGGACGAAGUUCCUAGACCUCCAUCUAGCGACUUGCCUUAAGGACUGGGACAUGAGCGAAGAGAUUAAAUUGACCACCACCACAGACCAGCUGUGCCAAGAACCCCUGUUCGAGCCCAGUCUGUGGCUGGUGGUGAACCCCAACCUCGCUUGUCCCAUCAAGUAUCCUAGCCCGAAGACCCAGCCUUCGCCCCCGGGAGCUUCCGUAGGGAUUCCUCAAGCUCCGAGGCCCACCCGCUGCCUCCCCCCCAGCUCGCUGUCUCCCCCAGAGAGAGCUGGCCACGAUGACUCCCCGAACUCCCCUUCAUCGUCAUCAUCGUCAUCCAGUGACUACCUGCUCACGGACGAGGAGGAUGCUUCCUCGCCGGACCUCCCGGCUCCCCAGAAGCCCAAGGCCGCCAAGGAGAGGGGGCGCAGGACCGGCCUGGCCCAGAGCAAACGGCUGCAGAGGAUCCUGCAGGAGAGCUGCAACCUGAAGUCGGGCUGCUGGCCCCGGCCGCCCGUCAACUACUGCAUCCUCAUCGCCAUGGCGCUCAGCAGCAGCCGCGCCGGCAGCCUCAACGUGCAGCAGAUCUACAACUUCACGCGAGAGCACUUCCCGUUUUUCCAGACGGCUCCGGACGGCUGGAAGAACACCAUCCGCCACAACCUGUGCUUCAGCAACAGCUUCGAGAAGACGCCGCAGCUGGUGUGCAGCCAGGGCAAGCGCAAGUCCUGCCUGUGGCACCUGACCGCGGACGGGCGGCGGCGGCUGCGCAACGAGAUCCACCUGCUGACCGGCGACUCCAUCGCCGUGCUGGAGCGGAGCAUGACCAACCCCGGAAUGAUUCGCACUUUAUUUGAGCUUUAGGCACCAGGAUCUGAAGGAAUGACGUUGAUGUGCCCUAAGCGGGUGGGGACCCCGGCCCACAGGCCAGCAGGCCUCCAGUCCCAAGCUGCUGACCGGAAUGAGAGCCGUUUGUCCUUCUCUAUGAAAUGGCAGCUGAUAAGACUGCUCCUGAUGUCCGUUUAUUAUCUAUUUUUGACUUUUCUGUGUUAAACCUACUCGUUUGUUCUAAAUUUAUUUAUAUAUUUGAUUAUGAA